AUGAAGCGUAUCCGCUGCCUUGACCAAAGAAAUGUCCUCCCCCUCAACCCGCCGCCUCCUAAAAGAAAGCACCGACCUACACAAAAACCCAAGCCCAUACUUCACAGCCGCCCCAAUAAGCGACACAAACCUCCACGACUGGCACUUCACCCUAGCUGGACCCCCUCCCCCUCCCCCUACGCCCAAGGCCUCUACCACGGCCGCAUCACCUUCCCAGCUACAUACCCACUCCGUCCCCCGUCCUUCCGCUUCCUCACGCCUUCGGGCCGCUUCGAAGUCAACCGCGAAAUCUGCCUCAGCAUCUCCGGCCACCACGAGGAGACAUGGCAGCCGGCUUGGGGUGUGCGCACUGCGCUGCUGGGCAUCCGCUCUGAGAUCUUUAGUUCGGAGAGUCAGGGUCAGGUUGGUGGCAUGGAGGGGAGUGAUGAGCUGCGGAGGGAGUAUGCGCGCCUCUCGCUCGGGUGGUCUUGUCGGGAGUGUGGCGUUGGGAAUCUAGAGGCUAUGAGGGAGUUGUGGGGGGUUUGUCGGGAACGUGGGGUCGAGGUUGAGGGUGAGGUUGCUGCUGUGGAUGGGGAUGCAGGUGUUAAUGUUGGUGGUGCUGCUGGUGUCAAGGGCCAGCCGGAGACGGUUGAGGUUGAUGCUCUGGCUCCAGCUUCGAGCGAGAAUGUUGUUCCUGUUGGUAAUGAGGACCAGACUCGAGGGAAUGAUGCCGUAGAGAGUACUCCGGCUGCGGAAUCUGUUCCGGUUCCUUCUGCGCCUGCACCGGUGCCCGCGGCACAUGCACAGGCACCGCUCUCUACUAUACAAACACCGGCUGCAUCUGUUAUGCCUACGCGGACCAGCUCUCAAUUGGCUUCGGCGGAGUCUCCAUCUGAAGGUGUCUGGCUGGACCGGGCUAUCAUUGGUGUGAUCGUUGCUCUUGUCUUGUUGAUAUUGCGCCGGGUGGCAAAUGUCGACGAUCUGUAA